UGCCUCACGUUCUCAGUUUUAGAUCGUGUGUGGGCUGGGCUAAGUCUUAGUCAAGAUCUGGUAAUGGGUUUGCUGAGCGCGGGCGGAUGGUGCGGGACGACUAUAGCUGCUAGGCUGCUAGGCUGCUAGGUUGCAAUCUAGCUGUGCCGGUGAAAUGAUUUGUUUUGAUCUAUUUGUGUGUGUGCUGGAUAGCUGUAGCAACGAUGGUGUCCACCGUGCCUUCUAGAAGGGCUGAGGCAAUGAAGUCGUGUUUACUGUGGCGAAAAAAUUCAGCUUGUGUAUUUGCAAGUAGGAGAUUGUGUGGCCUUGCAGUAAGAGAAAGCAAUCAGGCAUGGAAAGUCUACAGUGGGAUGUUAGAGUACAGGAGUUCUCGGGGAGACCAGCUGGACGCAUCGAAUGGAAAACACAUGUCAACUAAGGGCCUGUAUUUGGCUGUGGCUGGAUCACUCCAUAUGUACAUACACAGACCCAAUUAUCCUGUCCAUCUCAAAUCCAAGGCAACCAAGAUGUGGACUAGUUGGUCGAGGCUUAGCCCACACUAUGGCCCCUUUCCGGUCUUUCAGGUUCGUAUUGUUAAGUUUGCCCUUGCGCGUAGUCGGCCGAGCGCCGACGGCAAUGGCACGACGAUCACCCCCACAACCCGAGAACAGUGAAAGCCAACGUCAUGACUGAGAAAAGAGAGAUGAAGAAAAGAAAUUAGAAUACAGAGAAAGUAUUGGGUAUCUGCUGGCAAACCAGAAUUUCAAAUUGCCCGCCAGAGGUAGGAAAAUGCAAGGGUCAGACAUUCAUGAAGAGUGAACACAAUUCAGAGAGGAAAAGGAG